AUGGCAUCGGACAUGAAUCUGGCUGAAGCUCUUGAUGGCGUCUCUUCACCGGGUGUCAGGGAGAGAAAAGAGGCUAUGAUGAGCCUUCGACAGAUAUUGAGACACAACCAAGGCACCUCCAGGAUAGACAAUCUCAAAGAUUCAGCACUCUUCAAGAUUUACGACACCCUCUUCCACGCCAUCGCUCUAGAACUCACUAUGCUCAAGGCCUGCAAAGGAGGUAGUAAGAAAUCUACCGUAUCUGCUAUAGAGGGACGACUCAGUGAUUGCUCUGCUACAUUGCGAGUAGCAGUAGAUGCGGGUGUGCGCAACGUUCGCUCAAAAUCCAUCAAGGCCCUCAUCGACCACAUUCUUAAUAACUUUGCCGGCCCAGACGGUCUUCCCGACACCAUACUGUCGAGCGACUAUGCCAAGAAUCUUUCGGUCUUGCUCGGACAUGAGCCUCACGUCGAACAUUUAUCUUAUGAUCUCUGGCACAAUAUUCUUGACUUCUGUCUGGAUAGUGUUCAGACGGUAUGCAAUCCAGGUAGUGGGUUGGGAUCCAGCAUUCUGAGCUCGAGAUCAUCACGCUCUCACUUCGCUCCUUCUCAGGCAAGUGCAAAUAAUGGCGUACUUUCUCGGCAAGCCGUGGAUGACUUGGUCAACGUUGUGCGCUCUUUGACAAGUGUUUCAUUUGCGCCGUUCCUUCAGAAGGGCACUCGAAUUCUCACUGCGAUGUCUCAAUAUCUCCAGAACUCACAACAUAUGUCGAAACCUCAGAUCGAUGCACUGGUCGUCAUAAAUACAGUUCUGCUUCAAAUGCGUACUGAGGAUGUCAAGUUUACGAAAAGGUUCGCUCGCGAUGCCCUUACAUUGACCAAGAUGUUAUGGAACACGAAGCUUUCCGCAAUGAAAGAUGAAGUAUUAUCCAUGCUGGUCUUGCUGCACCCGUUCGUCGAUGUCCUGUCGCAUGACGAUACGGAUGAAUUGUUCCCUAUCGAUAUUUCCAAUCUUGUCGAAACACUCAAGACCGAGUAUACAAGAAGAAGUCUCAAGGAUCAACUGCAGCUCAAUUCACUGAGUCUGCAGCUUGCCUUGAAUCGGCCCUCUGAUGGCUUGAGAGGUCAGAUAUUCAGCUUACGGGACGGUCAGACUUUUGGUGAGAACACACUGAGUACAGAGCACAACUGGACCUUGCUCAAGCUGCUUGCUCAGUUCACGAUCAUGGAUGACCCUGAUGACCAGAGAAACGACAACAGGUCGACAUCUCCCGGCUCUGGUCCUUAUAAGCGCCAGCGCGUCGCGCACUGGUCGGACGAGUUGCUUAGAACGCUCUCUGAUCCCAAUCUAGCGAUUAAAGUGUGCUCACUACAAUUGAUCUGCUUUAUUGUGCAGUCGGCCAAUAUUGAGGAAGAAGUCCUAGGUAAUCUGGUUGAGAAGUUGACUCCUUGCAUCCUCGACGACAACAGUUAUGUCGUCUCGUGGGCCCACAUCGCUCUUGCUAGUUGUGCUGGUCAAGUUGCAGCCUCUUCAGAGAGUCUUACUGGGGCGUGGAAGUCUAUCUGGCGCUACACUCUCAGAGCUGUCAACCCUGCUCAGACUUGUAGAACGGCAUGUCAUCUUCUCCACGCCAUCAUUCAAACGGACCUGAUUGAUCGGACAAUGAUACUCGAAAGCGUCAGCUCCAUGCUUUCGAAUAUCUCAAUCAAUGGGCCCUCAGUGUUUGAUGACUCGGUCGCUGGAUUGUUCCAAACCAUCUUGGAGGGUGUUCAACGCGAAAGUACAUCCUCUUUCGGUGAGAGGUCUGGGCAGAUCUUGACAUGGCUCUUUCAUACAUGGGCACCAAGUAACUUCCAUGACAAGAUAUUCGCCUCUCAAAACGCCACUACCGAUGUUAUCACCGUCAUGAACCUGAUAAACGCUUGCUUAGGACUUCCGAGGGAACCGGAGCCUCUGCUUUGCCUGCCGAUUUGGGGACCUGUGGCGCAGUCGUGGAUCCUGCACAGCCAAACACAAGACCUCCUUGAUUACCUGCUACUGAAGAACAAGGCGGUUGUGGUACAUGUUCAACCAGAUCAGGCUAACACAUUUCCAGAAAGAGGCUUCUCCAUGAGCAGCAUCACUGUCGCACUUCUGCUUGGUCUUUGUACGACUGAGACGAAUAGCGCGGUGGAGAAGUGGCACAAUAUGAAGGAGCAAGGUGCAGGAUAUCUAGACAGGCAUAUGGUUCGCAUGGUCAGCACUCUCAUCAUAGUCGGUCGAUGCCUCGCAAACUGUUUGAGAGGCAAGAACACGCAUCGGACAGAACAGCUUCGUGCUGCUAACAAACCCCUUACGACUCUUCUGUUCAAAGACCUCUCCAGUCCUGGUUGUGAGCAAGACAAAGUUGACGCUCUCAUUGACCUUGUUGCACACAGGCCUUUGGCUCAUCAACCGAAAAUAUUUAUGUCGGAAGACCGCAGUCAUCAUGCCUGCAUGUCCGACUUGUCGACCUCUUUACUGGAUCUUGUGGAGAAGCGACGGGAGAUGACAGAAUCGGACGCUUCUGUGAAGAGGAACAACAUAAGCGAUACUCUGGACUUCGACACCGACUUCGAGUCUCAAGUGACUUCUCACACUGCUCCUGUGAACGAAACUCAGCCUCUACGGAAAGUUGUUCCGAGCAAGUACAGCAUUGUCUCGCAGAGAGCAAGUGUGACAAUUUAUGCAAUGCUAUUGCAGUCCUCUUGCAUCGGGCCUGAUGACAUGGUUGACGAUCUACCAGAAAAUCUCAUACCUCACGUACUAGAGCUGCCCACUUCAGAGAUCCUGGCCAGCGGACCAUUUCUUACAGCUCUACCACGCUAUGGUGUGCAGCUCACUCCGAAGCAGUUCGAGCCACUCCUCGAGUUCUUUGCAGACAACACACUGCAGUCUUACGAGCUCGAGCGCGCCGAAACUAACAUGGAUUUGCUACUAGGUGUUAUGGAAAGCUUUGUGUACACCUGGACAGACCCCUCUGACCAAGAUUUUUAUACCUUUGGUCUCGAUAUCUACAAAUGGUUCACGGUGACAGCCUUGAAAGCCAAAUUGCUUUCACCCUGCGUGCAGAAACGAAUUGUUCGGCUAAUGCUUCAAAUCUUGCAAAUUGACGCAGAUUACGGACAGACUGACAAACUUCCAACUGUGCGUUCAAUGUUAUUUCGUUUGAUGCGCGAAGGCACUCUAGAUGUCAAACAUUUCAUCGCUCAACAUUUGUCGUCAAUAUUCAGGCUUUUCCCUCUAUCUGCCCAUGCUGAGAUCCUGGAAGAGCUUAAAGCCAGUCUGCCUACCGAUUUGUUGUGGAUCGAGGGUCUCGCUGUUCGAAUCCUGAUCUCGGCUAAUUUGGCCGCUGAUUGGCAUUCACUUCGACGACAAUGUAUCUUCCACAUAUUUGAGACUGCUGGCAUGAUCGUAGAAGCGGAAGACUACGCUGCCACGUGUAUUGCGAAGAUCUCUGAUGCGCUGAAGCUGAAGUCUGCAAGGGAAGUGUUUCAACUCUUCUCGCCACAGCUACUGUACGUUUGGCUGGAGACUCAGGCUGUGUCAAGGAUACCUUUCAAGAUUUUCGGGUACAAAUCUAUGGCCGAGCUACUGGAACACAAUAUGAACGAGAUAUAUGCUCAACUGCUUAUGCGCGAGAAGGACGACCAGAUUCAGUGGUUAACAAAAAUGCUGGAUUUAACGGAAGCACAAGUCUCGCAGUCUACUUUUAGUAAGACUCUCGCAUAUGCUAUUUCCUGGGACGUCAGUGGUAGGCAGGUAUCGUCUCAAGAUCCAUCUCAGGUGACGACGAUCUGCGAAACUCGCCUUCGUGGCUUUUACAAGACGAGCGGCGAUUACUACGCGGCGGUGAAGUCCAAUCUUCCCGAUAUUAUCGCUCAGAUAUUCACCUCGAUCUAUCAUGAAGAAGUCGCUGAGAAGUUGUUCGAAAAGAAGUCUCAGUAUGCCUACGCUAAAGAUGCUCUCUCCGCAAUGAAGCGGCAUGGGUCUUUGGACACAGAUCUUUCACAAGCUCAGCAACCUUGUUUUAAAGGCAGAUAUCUCAUUGAUCAACUCGAAAGAGUAUGCCGUAGAACAGGAAACAAGACAUUCACAACCGUCAAAGAUAUCCUGGAUGUUCCUCACAUCACCGUUACUCUGAGAUCCAUCAUCGAUUCUAUGCACCCUGCUUACGGACCACUUGAGGCCUGUCGGACCGUCAGAAAGCUGCGCAUAUUCCUUGCUCUGGCUGGUGACGAAGUCUUUCGUGGCUAUCCCUUGCAGACUAUGAUUCGUACCCUGCAGCCAGUCAUCAUCGAUCCACACUGUUCUGAUGAUGGUAUGGGUAUGCUGCAAUACCUACUCGAGCGUGGAAAGUCUUUCCUUAAGCAAGAGAUAUCGAUGUUCACAGGCACAGGCCUACUAAUUCUUUUGUCAUUGAAGCAAUUCAUGAUAUCUCGGCAAGACAAGACCACUCAGGAGAGCCAGUUUCGCAAUACAGUCUCGAGGAUGCAAUCCUUCCAUGAUUGGCUUGUCACUUAUCUACUCGAGUUUCGAUCUUCCAUGAGGUUGCCACAACAGCAAAACGCUUUCUGUUCUCUUGUUGAGUCAUGCCGCGAUCUAGAGCUCUCAGCGCCUUCGGGUGUAAGUCAAGCGGCCAAUACCUUACUGAAAGGACUCUUGGACGACGAGGAAUCAGUUACACCCGUUCUGGGGCCCAUUGAACGUAAACAAGUAACCUCAACUUUAUGUCAUCACUUCCAUGUGACGGACAAAGCACACGACAUGUUCGCUUCGGAUGAGCUCUCACUUUCGUAUGCUCGUCGGGUAUGGGAAUCUACCCAGAAACUCACUAUAGCCAAUGAAUACGGCGCAUGGGCUGCGCGGGUCAUAGGCCGUGCUUAUGCCUCGACUGUGUCACUAGAACAAAUCAGACCUACACGUGGCCUCAUAUCCCAUCUUACCAGUACUCUAGGAGAGACGAACCACUCCACUCGGGCAAUAGUGACGAAGCUCAACGAUUUACUCUCCAGUCAAGAUCGAACACAUGUCGGAGUUGCGGAGCAAAGUCUCAGAAAGAUUGCGAAUUGUUUCAUGGCUCAAGAGGACCACAACGGAGUGAUCGAUUUUGAAAGGAUCCUACCAGUCCAUGUCGUCGAUGCGAUAGCCAGAAUUUAUCACAAGGACAUUCCAGAGAUCAAAGACAGCCAAAAGCUUCGUAGAGAGGAUCUCUGGCGCGCAGCAAAGCUCAAUCGUAACAUGCCAUUCGAAUCCUGGGUCCAGAAUCUAACGGUCUCAAUUUGCCAAUGGGCGAAGGGCAAUCCUCUUGUCGGCCAAUUGGAGAACCUUUUUGCGUCUGAUGUUGCGCUCUCACAGGAACUCUUUCCUUUCAUCGUCCAUCUAGCUCUCAGCUCCGAGGUCGAGAAAGAACCGGUUCUCCGUACAUACCUGUCGGAGUCUUUCUCCGCACAUUUUAACCACCUCGAACCAGGCACUAGUCGUAAAUCUCGUCUUCUGAUCGAAUCGCUGUUGUACCUGCUCACACAGAAGCUUCCGAACGAGAAGACUAGAUUGAAACGACUGGAAUGGCUCGAGCUCGAUUACCUUCUUGCUGCGAAAGCUGCUGACGGGUGCAACAUGCCGACAGCUUCCUUGUAUCUUAGCGAGAUCGGAGCAACUCCAGAAGAUUGCACACCGCCAUCUCGGAGAUCUUCCGUCAAUCUCAGCACUUCCAAAACGCCUUCGAAUGAGCUGCUGUUGUCUAUCUACAGCCGUGUAGACGACCCGGACUCUUUCUACGGGGUCAAACAACCACCCUCGUUGGAAUCGGUGCUUGCGCGUGUACACCAUGAAGGUGACGGCAUAAAGGGCCUUAUGCUGCACUCCGCUCGCAUAGACGCGUCCAUGCGAAAGUCUGGACUGGCGGAUGAAUCAGACGCAUCUGGCUUGAUCAGCUCUGCAGGUGCUAUGAAUUUGAGUAGCCUGACCCAUGAGCUUUUGAAUCGUAGAAGCAGCAAUCAGCCUAGCACCGCUACAACAGACACAAUGCUCGAUGCUGCUCGCAAGUUGGAGCAAUGGGACCUCAAUCUUCCCCAAACAGAAGGCUCGGCUGUAGGUACACUGUAUAGUGUGUUUAGAGGGCUCGCGAGCGCUACGUAUCUUGAGUCUGUCCAGCUGGAUCUGGAUCGAGCUUUCAAUUCAUCAAUUCAGCAUCUACGAGACACACGUCUUGAUGCGUCGGCUGUACGCGCCACACUAUCGGGUAUUGCUGUCUUGAAUGAAGUUGAUGAGUUGAUCGCGGUAAGAUGUUCUUCUGAUCUGACCAAUCUCUGGGACCGAAUGCAGAAGAGACAAAUGAGAUGGGAUAUUGGACAAUUCAACGAUGCUCAAAGCAUUGUAUCUUGUCGAGAAACUCUUUUCAGCCUCUUGAGUCGAAACAAAAAUCUCAGAGAGGCUCUUCACGUCAACAUUCGAGAUUGUCGCGCAAUCGAGGCUCGGUCGGUCAUCAGCUCCUCUCAAUUCGCUAGAAGAAACGACUUGAUUCAACAAUCUCUCACCGCGGCGACUUAUCUUUCUCAGUUGGUACCAAUAUGCCAGGAAGUUGACGUAAAAAUGGACGCAGCGGCUCACUUUGAAGUUGCGACCACGCUAUGGAGGCAGGGUGAAAUCUCGACGUCGGUGCAGAUGCUGCAGGAGCUUUGUCUACGUACGGACUUAUUAGGGCAAUCCAUUCAGGUCGGCCGUCCGGGUAUGCUGGCCCAAUUAGGUCACGAGAUUGCGGACGCACGCCUAGAGCAGCCAGGUGAAGUCAUUGCAAACUAUCUUAGGCCAGCGAUCGAGCAACUUGACGACACGACAUCUGGUUCAGAGACUGGGAAGGUCUACCAUGAAUUUGGCUCGUUCUGUGAUCAGCAACUUCAAGAUCCUGGUAACUUGGAAGACUAUCAACGACUGGCCAAGCUCCGAGAUCGCAAACUAGGAGAGCUCAAACAGUAUGACGAGUUGAUCAAGAGACUCCCUGCUUCAGACAAGGAAAGAAAAAAGGACCUCCAGAGGCAGCAGAAAGUUGUCCACACCUGGUACAAACUCGAUGACGAGGAGUUCCAAAGGAUGAAACGCAGCCGGGACGACUUUGUACGCCAGAGUUUACAAAACUAUCUGAGAGCUCUUAAGGUCUCUGAUGAGUUCAACUCUUCUGUUGUUCGCUUCUUUGCUCUCUGGUUGGAACACUCUGAUUCGGAGAUUGCGAACACGGUUGUGCAGAAGAACCUGCCAGAGGUCCCUAGCUGGAAAUUUGUCGGUUUGAUGAACCAGCAGACAUCACGACUGCAAAGGGACUCGAGCAUAUUCCAACAAUCACUCGCAAGUCUCAUCACCCGAGUCUGCACAGAUCAUCCUCACCAUGGUGUGCACUACCUAUACACGACAUGCUAUUCAUCCGUUGUAGAAAGUGAGCAGGCUGCAUUGUCACGACGCAAUGCCGCUCACGAGAUAGCGACCAAAUUGAGCAACGACAAGAGAAUGGCCGAAACCAUGCGCAGAAGUUUCAAGGUGAGCAAUGCUUAUCACAAGCUUGCGGAGGUCAAGAUGAAUCCGAAGGAGUUCAAGGGCAAGAUCACGGUCAACAUGGUGCCUCAAGCGAAGGAGAUGGUCAGUACGGUGAUGUCUAGGAAAAUGCCGCCAGCAACCAUGUCCGUUAAGCUUCGUCUCGAUUGCGACUACUCCUCCGUCCCAAUUGUCGCUAGAUAUAGGGAUGACAUUCGUAUCGCUAACGGAUUGAGCGCUCCCAAGAUCAUGGUUGCAAUCGGAACAGAUGGCAAAGAAUAUAGACAGCUGUUCAAAGGUGGUAAUGACGAUCUCAGACAAGACGCCAUUAUGGAACAAGUAUUUGGCGAGGUCAGCAAGAUGCUGCAGACUCACAAGACUUCUCGUCAACGCAACCUGCAUGUACGCACCUAUAAAGUGCUCCCGCUCACAUCGACAUCCGGCAUCAUCGAAUUCGUACCACACUCAAUGCCUUUGGGCGAGUUCUUGGUCCCGGCACAUGUGAAGUAUCAUCCUUCGGACCUGACGCAGAACAAGGCGCGCGAGAAGAUUGGUGGCGCACAAGGCUUGACAGCAGACUCGCGUCUCAAGGUCUACCGCGAAGUAACGGCUAGACAUCAGCCAGUGCUUCGUCACUUUUUCUUCGAGCGCUUCCAAGAUCCAGAUGAUUGGUUCCAAAAGCGGCUCAACUAUACACGCAGCACGGCCACCAUAUCCAUUCUCGGUUGGAUUCUCGGUCUCGGUGAUCGCCACUGCCACAACAUUCUGCUGGACGAGAAGAGUGGUGAAGCUAUUCAUAUCGAUUUGGGAGUCGCCUUUGAAGCCGGCCGUGUCCUACCGAUCCCCGAAGUCGUCCCUUUCCGCCUCACACGCGACAUCGUCGAUGGCAUGGGCGUGACAAAAACAGAAGGUGUCUUCCGCCGCUGCUGUGAGUUCAGCAUGGACGCCCUCCGCGCGGAAAAGGACGCCAUCAUGACACUGUUGAACGUCCUCCGCUACGAUCCUCUAUACUCAUGGACGGUGUCCCCUCUCAAAGCCCGCAGAAUGCAAGACCCGACUCGUAAUGGCGAUGAUGGAGGCAAUGGACUGGGAAGUGCGAGUAAGCCCGAAGACGAAGCUGGAGAGGCUGCUAGAGCAUUGGCGAUUGUAGAGAAGAAGUUGAGUAAGAGUUUGAGUACUGCUGCUACGGUGAACGAGUUGAUCCAACAGGCUAGUGAUGAGAGGAAUUUGGCGGUGCUGUUUGCUGGAUGGGCUGCUUAUUGCUAG